CAGCUGCUGGAUCGGGCUUUUUUUUUUUAACUGCAUGGCGUGGUUUGAAAAUAAUUGCAUUUCCCUUCCAGUUCACAUGUGGAGCUGCGCAACCCGGCGGCCAUGAAGGUCAAGGUUAUUUCAGUCUUGGAAGACAACUACAUGUACUUGGUCAUCGAGGAAAAUACGAAGGAAGCUGUCGUGGUGGACGCGACCGUUCCCAAGAGGUUACUAGAAAUUGUCAGAAAAGAAGGCGUUACCCUGAAAGCCAUUCUUACCACCCAUCACCACUGGGACCACGCCCGAGGGAACGAAGAGCUGGCCAAGGCGUAUCCCGAGCUGCAGGUGUAUGGGGCGGACGAGCGGAUCGGCGCCUUGACGCACAAGGUGGCUCACAACGAGGAGUUAAAGUUCGGGGAGAUUAACGUGAGGUGCCUGUUCACGCCCUGCCACACCUCCGGCCACAUGUGCUAUUUCAUGUGGGAAGAGAACUCCCCUGACGCUCCCGCAGUCUUUUCAGGUGACACCUUGUUCAUCGGUGGCUGUGGGAAGUUCUUUGAGGGGACGGCCGAGCAGAUGUACAGGAACCUGACUGAAAUCCUGGGGGCUUUGCCGAAGGAGACCAAAGUGUUCUGUGGGCACGAGUACACCGUGCGCAACCUCAAGUUUGCUUUGAAAGUGGAGCCGGAGAACGAAACUGUGAAAAAGAAACUCGCCUGGGCCAAACUCCGAGACGACGAGGACUUGCCCACCGUGCCCUCCACCCUGCAGGAGGAGUUCCACUACAACCCCUUCCUGCGGGUCUCGGAAGAGUCCGUGCAGAAGUUCACGGGCAAGACGGCGCCGGUGGACGUGCUGAGGGCUCUCCGCACCGCAAAAGAUAACUUCAAGAAGCCGAAGGAGAGGCUGAACCCGCAGGCCAUGCUGGCGUUCGAGUGGGGACUCUUCGGCCCUUUCGUCGAAAAGAAGUGAAACGCAGCUGGGUUUGUCAGGGUUGACUGUGUGCCAAUAUAUACAUGCAGCAAAGGUGGUAGUGAGGCAGUAUCCUGGUCCUCGUAGUGGGGGAGUGCUGCUAGGCCAGUCUGGUGCCCAGCUGGGCAAGAAUUGGUCCCCACAGCUCACUGUGUAGGGCUCGGUCCUGCCUAGCGUUAAAUGACUUGGCCACUGAGGCUUCCUUUAGCACAUGGGCCUCGUUAAACUUUACUCCUCUUGAUCCCAUUAGUUGCAGCUGUAACUGUUUGAACCACCCUCAGCAGUUCCCCUCGCUCCUUACAUCUGUCUGAGACUUAUCUGAAGGCACUUGUCUUCACUUGCCAUGUCGGAGAUCGAUCUUCCGGCGUUUGAUUUAGCAGGUCUUGUUAAGACCCGUGAAUUGAACACAGAGGGCAGCUCCGGUCAGCACCUGUACUCCUCUGCAGUCAUGAGGAGUAAGGGAAGCUGACAGAAGCAUUUGCCUCCCUCUGUGAAGACAGUGCCAAGCUCGGCUUAAGGUAAAUUGACUCCAGCUACAAAUUUUAUGUAGCUGGAGCUGCGUAUCUUAAACCGACCUUCCAGGUGUAGUAUAGAUCUGGUCUCAUUCUCUGAGGCCUGGCUCUUGAAAGGGGUAAAAGCCAGGUUCAUUUUUGUACCUGGAGGGAAAUGGCGAGUUUCUGGAAAACAGGGACAGCUGAAAAGACAAACUUGAGGGUUCUAAAUGGAACAGCUCUUAGACCCAUUUGUUUUUAGAAGCUGUUCCCCAGCUCCCCAAACCAAGCUAUUUUGAGGACAUCUAAAAUUUCUAAUUCUUCUAAUAAUCGGGGAGAGGGGGCACCUCUUUGAAUGGAACAGAGCUAUUCUGUGAACCAAUGUAACAUUAGAAAAAAAUCACUUCCAUGUUGCACUAAGCCAUGCCUGUUUGUCAGCAGUGACUCUUACAAACUGUAACUGAGAAACUUGAAGGUGAUGAUUUAUGUGCUGAACUCUCCUU